UCAGAGAACAUCCCUCUAACUGAAAGUAUCCCUCGUGGUGGGGGGAUGCUGCUGCUGCUGCGCAAAAGCUCAAUUUAAGAAGUUCCGCGCAAGUCUCAACUGAGCUGAAUUUAUAGUAACACUGAGAAAAAAGCGAACAAAUGACGGUGGGGAUUACAGAGAGGACAGUACAGCGUGUCUCAGGAUAUCAGGAUGAUCAUGGGGCAGAUCUGAUGAGCUUAGCCGGUUAAAUCCAGGGGGAGGCAAUGGGGUCCUAAUCCUGGCCACUUCCUUGUGGGACCACUUAACCUUCAAAUGGAGCGCUUCCAUUUGUUUCGGAACCGAUGGCAGCAGGUCAGUUCCACAGAAACAAGGCAGGACUGGACCACUCCUGCCAACUCACUGCCGUCAAAAAGUGACUUAGAUCCCCAGGACCACCCAGGACACAAGCUUUCUGGGAAACGGAGAACAGUAAUAGCACGAUAUGGUCCAUACCAGGCCGAAUAUCACAACAUCUCCAAGGGCUAUCAGGGAAAUGGGAUCCGCACCACCAAAUACACCUUACUCAGCUUCAUCCCCAUGAAUCUGUUCCAGCAGUUUCACAGAGCGGCAAACCUGUACUUCCUGUUCCUGGUGCUGCUGAAUUGGGUUCCAGUGGUGGAGGCCUUUCAGAAGGAGAUCACCAUGAUCCCCCUGGCUGUGGUGCUCAUCGUCAUCGCCUUCAAGGAUGCCAUGGAAGACUACAGGCGGUACCGCUACGACCAGAGGAUCAACAACACCCUCACACACGUUUACAGCGGGAAGCAGCGACGGUAUGUGGAGCGGCGCUGGGCUGAAGUGUGUGUGGGUGAUGUGGUGCGUCUGUGCUGUAAUGAGAUCAUUCCCGCUGACAUGGUGCUGCUCCACUCAUCCGAUACAAACGGAGUGUGUCACAUUGAGACUGCCAACCUGGAUGGAGAAACGAACCUUAAGCAGAGACAAGUGGUCCGAAACCUCCCUCAACAAGGAUCUGAAUUUACUCCUGAAAACUUUAGUAGUCGUAUUGAAUGUGAAAACCCCAAUGAUGAUCUGAGGCGCUUUAGAGGUUACAUGGAGCACCCGAAUAAAGUAAAAGUAGGAUUACAUAGUGAAAACCUGCUGCUGAGGAGCUGUAUAGUGAGGAACACAGAAACUGUGAUAGGCAUCGUGGUCUAUGCAGGUCAUGAGACAAAAGCGAUGCAGAACAACAGUGGUCCGCGCUAUAAGCGCAGUAAACUGGAGCGAAGACUCAAUGUAGAUGUCCUUUGGAGUGUAGUCAUACUGCUGCUCAUGUGCCUUACUGCUGCUAUUGGUCAUGGUCUGUGGCUGAAUAGUUUUGAGGAUCAUCCUGUCUUUUUAAUCCCUGAUGAUACACACCCUGCUCUUGCUGGCUUCUACAUGUUCUGGACUAUGAUCAUCGUCCUGCAGGUGCUCAUCCCAGUCUCUCUGUAUGUGUCUAUAGAGAUAGUGAAGCUGGGACAGAUCUAUUUUAUCCAGAACGAUCUGGAUCUGUAUAACCCCAAGCUAGAUUCUGGUGUGCAGUGCAGAGCAUUGAACAUUACUGAGGAUUUGGGACAGAUCCAGUACCUGUUCUCCGACAAGACUGGAACGCUAACGGAGAACCGCAUGCUGUUCCGGCGGUGCACGGUCUCUGGUACAGAGUACCCUCAUCACGAAAACGCUCGUGCUAUGGAGCAGUUUGAAGAACAGUGCAGUGGACAAGUGGAAAACACACUCACUCUGCGCUCACGCUCCAGCAGAAAAUCCCUCAGCUGCAACCGCAGCUCAGUCUCCCUCAACACACUCGCUGCUGAAUCUGACAUACACUCCCCACAUGACACACUCCGAAGACACGCGGCUGGGGCGUUCAGCGGAACCAUGGAGUGUGCAGUGGUUCCAGAUGUGCAGCUGCAGGAAAAGCUAAGGGCGCUCUCCGCCCCUUUGUGUCCUCCUAUUCGACACGAUGCUGAAGAACUCUCCCACAUCCUGGACUUCUUCCUAGCUCUCACCGUCUGCAACACAGUGGUGGUGUCUUCCCCCAGCCAGCCACGCCAUGUGGUGCAGAUACCGAUGGCUCGUACUCCUCUGCGCUCUCUGGAGGACAUAAAAGCUGUUCUGCAGAAGCUCAGCCUGCCCCGCUUCUCCCUGUCCCCCUCCCAGAACACGGACAGCCCCCCCAGCCUCACCCGCAGACUGUUCUCCCGCGGCCGUGCGGCCACGUAUGCCCCCAACACCCCCAACACCCAGAAACAUCCUUCCCCUUUAGUGACGCCCAUUGACACGCCCGCACACACUCCGUCACCCAGCUCCACCCCCACUCUCGUCCACAGCGGAGCCUGCGGGAACGACGGUGAGCGGCUGCAGCCGCAGCUCCGCGUAGAACUGGAGGAUGAAGACAGUGCUAAUGAAGACGUCGGUGAUGAUGAAGAUGGAGAUGAGGAAGAGGAGGAGGAGUUGCUGUAUGAGGCAGAGAGCCCGGAUGAAGCAGCCCUGGUGCAGGCAGCCAGGGCGUACGGUUGCACUCUGCUGGGCCGGUCUCCGGAGCAGCUGCUGGUGGCUCUGCCAGGCACUGGACCUCUUUCUGUCCCUCUGCUGCACCUGCUGCCCUUCCACUCCGCUCGGAAGAGGAUGUCCGUCGUGGUGAGACACCCGCUGACCGGCCAGGUGGUGGUCUACACUAAAGGAGCUGAUAAUGUUAUCAUGGAACUGGCCGGGACAUCAGCUGCUGACGGCUGUUCUAGAGAGAUCAUGGAAAAGACGCAGCAACACCUGGACAACUACGCCAGAGAGGGCUUACGCACACUGUGUGUUGCUAAAAGAGUCCUGGAUGAGGCGGAGUAUGAGGCUUGGCUAAAGAGACAUGCUUUUGCUGAAACCAGUAUUGAAAACAGGGAGCAGCUUCUGUUAGAGUCUGCCCAGAGACUGGAAACAAACCUGACAUUAUUGGGGGCGACGGGUAUAGUGGAUCGACUGCAGGAAGAAGUUCCAGAGACCAUUGAAGCUUUACAAAGAGCAGGGAUCAAAGUAUGGGUCCUCACAGGGGACAAACAGGAGACGGCAGUUAACAUUGCAUGUGCCUGCAAACUCCUGCGACCCACAGACCAGCUGCUGACUGCCAACUGUGACAGCAAGGAAGCAUGUGAAGCUCGGCUCUAUGAGCUCCAGCGGGACAUCAGCACCUCUAUUGAGAGAGGUUUACCUGACCGUAGCGCGGUCACAUCAGAGGACCAAGCUGCUGUAUCAGGCUUUACUCUGGUGAUUGACGGCCGGACGUUAGACUUUGCUCUGGAGGAGGACUUGCAGAAACUGUUUCUGGAUCUGACCGGCAACUGCCGAUCAGUCAUAUGUUGCAGAUCCACCCCCCUGCAGAAGAGCCAAGUGGUUCGACUCGUUGGGGACUCUCUAGGGGUCAUGAGCCUGGCUAUAGGUGAUGGAGCAAAUGAUGUCAGUAUGAUUCAAGUGGCAGAUGUGGGUGUCGGCAUCUCAGGCCAGGAAGGCAUGCAGGCUGUUAUGUCCAGUGAUUUCGCCAUCUCCAGAUUCAAGCAUUUGAGAAAACUGCUGCUGGUUCAUGGUCAUUGGUGCUACACACGGCUGGCAAACAUGAUCCUCUACUUCUUUUACAAGAAUGUUAUGUAUGUAAAUCUGCUGUUCUGGUUCCAGUUUUUCUGUGGUUAUUCGGGCAGCACCAUGACCAAUUCGUGGGUUCUCAUCUUUUUUAACCUGCUGUUUACCUCUGUUCCACCACUGCUCUACGGUGUGCUGGAUAAGGAUGUGUCUGCCAACACACUCCUGUCUUUGCCUCAGCUCUACAAAGCUGGACAAAACUCUCAGGCCUACCUCCCUUGUACCUUCUGGUUGACCAUGCUGGAUGCUUUUUACCAAAGCCUGGUCUGCUUCUUCAUUCCAUAUUUUGCAUAUGCAGACUCCGAUAUCGGGCUGUUCUCUUUUGGAUCACCCAUCAAUGGUUCUGCACUCCUCAUCAUCCUCCUUCAUCAGGUCAUUGAGAGCCGGACACUGACGUGGAUACAUGCAGUGGUGUUUCUAGGCAGCGCUGCAUUCUACUACACCUUUGUCCUUGUGUUCAGUCUCACCUGUGUGACUUGUAACCCACCCACAAACCCCUAUGGUGUGGAGACCAGAGCCAUGUCUCAUCCCUCCUACUACUUUGUGUGUGGGCUCACUACCAUACUAGCACUGCUACCCAGGCUUUUGUGUCGUGCUCUCUGUAACUCCAUCUGCCCGUCUGACCUGGUCAAAGCUCAGAAACUGGACAAGUCCGUCCUGGAGCAGUACUGGGCCACCAUCCAUCAGUGGAAAGAGAGCAAACCUACCAGGCAAAGGCAGACUUCCACACAGAACCCUCAGUCCCUCAGUGUGAAUGCUGACGUCCCCAAUUCUGUAGACUGCAAUCUCGAAGCAGGAGCUGUCGUCUCCUGAGCGCUGUGAUCAGACAUUAGUUCAACCCUGAGAAGUCACCAGGGGGCAUCUCAUCGCACUUUAAAGACUGGCAGAUACUUGGCAGGACCAGUCAAAUCUGACCAAUGAGAGAGUGUUCAGUCCCGACAACAAGGUGUUGUUUAUAAUUGAGAUGCAUUAUUAUUAUUCUAUACUGCAUCUGCCUUAAUUAAUAGCCGUGCCUCAGCUUUACACAGGCUGAAGGAGGCUGAAGAGAUAUGGUGAGAACCAGUAUACAGUACAUGUGGUUUAUCUGAGCCAACGUUUUUUUUUGUGGUUGGUCCACUACAGCAGCUGUUGACCACAUAGCCACUGCUCUCCACUUUGCUCAGUAAUGUUACAUAGUACAUACAGUACAUGACCACAAAUCCCCUACAUGCCUCACUUGAACACAUCAGCUGUCCUUUUACAUUUCAUGAGAAAUGUACCAAUAGAAAUGCUGCAAAAUUAACACGAACUUAAGACUGCUUUGCCUUGUCUUGUAAAGAUAGCAAUGACAAUAUGCUAGUAUUAACCUCCUCCUUAAUAAACAGAGGGAGUUUUCUUCAGAGGGAAUUUUUAUCAUUAUAAUAAUGAUGUCAGAAGCACUCAUUUAUGUGAUUACAUAUGUGAAAGUGAGUCAAAAGUAGCCUUAUAUGUAGUCCUUGAUUGGAUACAUAUUUUGCAGCCAUGCAACAUAAACAUGAAUGAACCACUCAUGAGUCAAUCGUCAGUAGAAGGAUAUAAAGGGUGAUGUGUGUAAAUGCAUUAAUGUGCAUAUCAUUGCUGUCCGAUGAAAAACAAAUUCUCUAUGUUUUUUAUUGAUUUUAGUUUACUAAUGUGCAUUAUUCCUGCACCUGCACCUCUUAACUUUCAGAAACCUCUCUACAUACUUUACUGGAGACGAGUCAAGACUGCAGACAGACCAGUCCAAAUACACCUUGACCUCUUCUUCUGCAGCCAUGCAUUUGAAAUGUCUGCAGCAUGUGGUUUUGUCUUUGGUAUUUUUGACAACUGCAUAAUUUGAACACACAACCUGUCCCUUACACUGUGUCAAAAUUUCUUGAUGAAUAGACCAAUUACAUUUUAAAUAAAUGUCUUUUUACAUACACUCUCAUUGAAAGGUAAGAGGGUUUUAUCUCUCUCUUGUAAAGUUUUGGAGAUACUUGUUUGCUAUUGGACAGUGACUGAUUUAUUCACAAUAUAGACAGAUACAGGUCACCUUAACCAAGAUUACAGGCCAAGCCACAUGCAAAUGUAGCAGUGUAAGUGUGAAGUGUAAUUGCACCCAAUACAAAUCUGAUCAUUUACACUACUUAAAGGAGAACUCUUGUGUAAAAUGGACUUUUGUCGUAGUAAAACAUGAUCAAAAGUACUUACCUUUGAUUAAAGAGCACACCCCCGUUCUCCCACAGAGAUCCAGAAAUUUUACAGUUUGUCCAAACACCCUUCAGAUUGGGUGACACAGGGCAUAAUUUGCCACAUAAAUCUAUUUUUCCACCAUUAUCCAGGCUCAAAGUAGCUCCACACCUCCUUGCUAGAAUCCGGAGAGACCUGACAUUUAAAACGAGGCAUUAAUAACUUAAAAAGUGCACAAGAAGCUUUUUAAAAACCUUGUUUUAAAUUGAACUUUGAACUUUGUUCAUUGUUACACCAUUACUGAACUGAAAAUAACAUAGACGUAUAUGUACAUAGACUCUGCAUUGCCUGCCUCCUGGUGCCGGCUGCUAUGCUAUGCAGAGUCUAUGUGUAUGUGUGUAUAUAUAUAUAUAUAUAUAUAUAUAUAUACACACAUAUAUAUAUAUUGUUUUUAGUUCAGUGAUGGCGGCGCUCUCCUAUAAGACACUGAUCCGAAACACAUCUGUACAGGAUGUUAUAGCAGUGCCACACAUCUGUCUCUCCCAGUAUAACCAAAAUUCCAUUAAUACAUUCUGCAGUAAAAUUUUAAUAUUCUGUUCCACACAGCAAUCUGAUUUCAUUCUGAGUAACUUGAGAAACAUUUGGCUACCAGUGUAAAUGAGUGUAUAUAAAAUCGUAGUCACAGGAAGUGACCAGGUGUAAACAGGGUUUUACAUUUAGGAAUGUGACCAUUAAGAUAACCAAAUCCGAUCUGAGCAAAAAAAAAACUGAAUUAAUUGAUGAAGCUUGAACUGUGAAUGUUGUAGUCUGUUUAAAAUGUUUGCAGUCAAGGUUAACGAAACUCCUGGAAGGUUUUUUUUUUUUUUUUUCAAA